AUGGACACCACCACCAAGUACAGCAAGUGGGACAGCAGGCCAGAGGAGGUCCCCAGAGGGCCCUGGGGAUGCUGGGAGUAUGGGAGCCGGAGACCCCUCUUCCUGGCCCUGGCUUUCCUGGUCGCCACAGUCCUGUGGGCUGUCAUCCUGAGCAUCUUGGUGUCCAAGGCUUCCACGGAGAGCGGGGCGCUCCGGGGCAGCCAGGACCUUCUGAGGAGGAACGCCUCGAAGCAGACGACGGUGCUGGGUGCCUUGAAGGAGGAGAUCGGAGCCUGUCACAACUGCUGCUCAGGGGCGCACGUGGAGCUGCAAACCAUGAGUGCAGAGCUCGGGAAAGCGCAGGCGAAGCUAAUGGAGCAAGAAAGUGCCCUAAAGGACCUGAGUGAACAGGUGACCCAGGGCUUGGCUAAAGCGGGAAGGGAUCGUGAAGAUGUUCGCAGCGAGCUGUUCCGGGUGCUGGGGACCAUCAGAUUCCAGAACAGCUCCUGCGAGCCGUGCCCCGCAUCGUGGCUGCCUUUCGAGGGCUCCUGCUACUACUUCUCUGAGAACAAGGCCUCAUGGGUGGCCGCGCAGACCCACUGCGCGGGCGCCAGUGCACACCUGGUGAUCGUCGGCGGCCUGGAGGAGCAGAACUUCCUGACUCGGAAUACUGCUGGCCGCGGUUACUGGAUGGGUCUGAGGGCUGUGCGACAUCUUGGCAAGGUUCAGAGCUACCAGUGGGUGGACGGAGUCGCCCUCAGCUUCAGCCACUGGAACCAGGGGGAGCCCAAUGACUCUCGAGGGCGUGAGAACUGUGUCAUGUUGCUGCACACGGGGCUGUGGAACGACGCACCGUGUGACAACGAAAGGGACAACUGGAUCUGUGAGAAGAGGCACAGCUGCUGA